AUGAGAGUGUUUUCUGUCGUCCACAUGGCGCGCAAGCUCCCUCCUGCGCCUCCGCCGAACGAUGACCCCGCCUCAAUCAAAGGCAACAUCUCGUUGAAGAAGAAGAACCUCGUUCAGAGGAUCAUGGCGUGGCACAUCGGGAACUAUCCUGGCAGCAAGAUCUUUGGGCGCUCGGAGCUCAGCGACUUGGAACUCACGGAGGUCGCUGUCAGGACCGUCGGCAUGGGAGAUCAUACGGAACUAAUGCCAGAAGAUGUGCCAGUAGAGGAGCUGAGGAAGAUGCCACUUGAAGUGCAGUCUGUAAUGGAGAUCAAGGUGAAAGAAGAAAUGCUGAACGUUCAUAAGAUGCUGGCUGGAGGUUGCUCAGCUCAUCUGCUUGAUGUAGGCACCUUCUCUCCUCUAUUAAUUCUUUCCCUCAUUACCGGCAUAGACGCGACGGGAGUGUCGAUGGCUAUGAAUCUUGUAUGGCACUCUGCCGCACCGCUUGGCACGGAGUUGAAAAUAGUGGGCACUUCACUAUCGCUGCGUGGAGGUAUCACUGCCGCACGAUCUGAGGUAUAUGAUAAGAAGACAAAGCAUUUGCUGGUCUCCGCUGUGCAUACAAUUGCACCGUUCGCAGCACGAGCACCGAAAUCAUCAGACAAUCAAGGGUCGGUUUCAAGAUUGUGAACCUGUCGAUCGUAGAAGUCGUGAUAUUCAUUUUCAGGUCGUCUUCUCAGCUCUUCUGUGCCGGUGAUGUUGUAUUACUAGCCACCUAUCAGACUCUAUUCUGUCAGAGUGCUUAGAUAUUCCUGCAACUUCGACAGCGCCCGAUAUCGAUGCGAUAGUGAGUUCUUCUUCUCCGGCGUCAUCUCAGCAUAUCU